AUGGAAAAUGAUCCUUUAAAAAUUGUCCAAAAAAACCUUGAAAAAUUGUCUCAAAAUCAUCAACAAAUGUCUAAAAUCGAUCAAAACUGA